AUGGCGGUGGGCGAGAACAAGCGCCUUACGAAAGGCAGCAAAAAGGGAACCAAGAAGAAAGUGGUUGAUCCAUUUUCUAAGAAAGAUUGGUAUAAUGUGAAAGCACCAGCUAUGUUCAAUAUAAGAAAUAUUGGAAAAACACUAGUCACGAGAACUCAAGGAACCAAAAUCGCAUCUGAUGGGUUUAAGGGUUGUAUUUUUGAAGUGAACCUAGCUGAUCUGUAG